ACCAAAAACUUCAGGGUGGUUGACAGCUGUCACGAAAUCAAAUUUCCUCCACAUAUACGAAUUUUGUGUUUUCUCAUCAAAAUUGCAAAGGGAUUGUGUUUCUCUGGGCCAGCAGGAGCCCCUCCGUGCAACGUGUUGUGAUCCCUGACUCCGUGGUGUUAUACUGCAGGUGGAAAAUACAAAGAAAUGGGUGGACUUCUCAGCUACUUCCGCGGCCUCCUUGGCUCCCGGGAAAUGCGUAUCCUCAUCCUGGGUCUCGAUGGGGCUGGCAAGACAACAAUCCUGUACAGACUGCAGGUGGGGGAGGUUGUUACCACAAUUCCAACGAUAGGCUUUAACGUAGAGCAGGUUACAUACAAAAACCUCAAGUUCCAAGUUUGGGAUCUCGGUGGACAGACGAGUAUUAGGCCCUACUGGAGGUGCUACUACAGCAACACAGACGCCAUCAUCUACGUGGUAGACUCAGCCGACCGAGACAGGAUAGGAAUAUCAAAAGACGAACUCCUGUACAUGUUGCGCGAGGACGAACUAGCUGGAGCUAUUCUUGUUGUCCUCGCAAAUAAGCAAGAUAUGGAUGGGUGCAUGAGUGUGGCUGAAGUGCAUCAAGCUCUAGGUUUAGAUGCACUCAAAAAUCGCACGUUCCAAAUAUUCAAGACGUCAGCAAAGAAGGGUGAAGGUCUGGACGCUGCUAUGGAUUGGCUUUCGACGGCACUCCAAUCGAGAAAAUAGCCUUCUCCGUAGUCAAAGAGCACACAACAACCCCCAUCCUCCCUCCCAAAAAAAAAACAUCCCAAACUUUGUUUACGAGUGAAAGCAAGAAAAAAAAAACAUUUAUAAAUUAUAAUUUAACACAA